AUGCCCCUAAGGGCCCCAAUCGCCGGCCAUGGAGAAAGUGCAUUAGUGCAACAGGCACUUGAACACCUCGACCAGCGAAUGGAGAGCAUUGGGAAGGCGUCGAAGAAGACGCCACCAACACUAACCAAUAAUGCAUACGACCCGGCAGCUUUCUGGGCACAUCUGCAGAAAUGGGGUCAGGGUACUGCCCUCAGGUCUCCUUCCCUCCCGAAAAACAACGGAAUGCCCGCGACCGACGUCGCACAGGUAGACCUCCGCGAUAGAGAGGAUCACCAUCAAGGUAAGGGAUAA